AUGAUUGACUUGAACGACUCGGGAUUUGAAAUCCGCUUCAAGAGAGAAGAAGAGUUCUCGGCCCUAGGCGGCAUCCGAUACGACCAAAUCGAAGCUUGGGCGGAGGUUACGUAUACUGGCUUGAUCGGUGCCGGGCUGAGCAAGUUUGAUUUCCAAAACCUGGUGGAUAUGCAGCCAAUCGAGGGCGAGCUACCCGCCUUGAACUUCACGACCAACCCGGACUACAAUGCCAAAUACGACAACCUGUCUGCAAGCCCCGGACAGCCGCAGCUUGCUGGAGACGAGGCAAACUUGGCCAAGUUCAACGAGAAGUCGCUGGAGGGGUAUGCCAUUGAAUUUAUGGAGAAGAAUGGAGGUCCGGUCGGAUGGGAUGGCAAGUUCCCUCUCAGCGCUCUGACGUCUGAUGCGCCGGCCGAGCCAACAACCCCUAGAGAGAGGGAGGAUAAACUCUGCGCAAAUUCGGAUGCCGAUUUUAGCCUGACUAAAGCUGAGUGCCGCACGCAGGUUGCGCAGUGCGUGUUUGAAGAAGGCGCGAAACCAAACUUCGAUUGGAGCCUCAUCACAGCUUGUAUGGAGGCUAAGUGGCGAAUUAUCUAA